GUCAGCCGUGGUAUUAACUAUUUCAUUUUCAUAGUGUUGAACUGAGUUUUGUUUUUUGUUAUGCUUUGUACAUGUUAGAAAUUUAAUUGGUUAUAAUCAAUUUAUAAAUGUUCAAAAGGACUAAAAAACUGGAACCACCUCCACCUCCCAAUUUUUCAGAUAUUUUAGAAGAUUUGGAAACAUUUCAUGUUGAGAAAUUAUUGCCCAUAAGGAAUAGAAAUUUGGAAUGCUACAAACAGAAAAGUGCUCAUGAAGACAUAGCAGAAUUUUGGAACUUAUUUGAAACUUUUAUUUUCGAUGUUGAUGACCUAAAGAGAAUGAAAACUGAACUAAAUGGAUUUAAAAUAAGUUUGGAAUCAAAUAAAUUAGAAAUUGACACAGUAUCUAAAAAUAUAAAGUCGAGCAUCGAAGAACAUUUGGAAAAUACAAGGAAAGUCACAAAAAAGGAUGAAUAACUUCAAAAAAUAUUUUAAUAUUUAUUCAACAAAUAGUUUCAUUGUGAAUUGCACUUUUUAAUUUAUCUGCAAUCUUAUCCUCGUCUUCAAUGUUCACCUAAAAAUACGAUUUAAAGUUUAACUUUUAAUUUACAAUAUUUAUAUAAUGUUUAAAUGCUAAUAAAAUU